GCACCAUCCCUCCGCAGCACCUGUGCUACUGAACUAUUCUGCGCAACACUUCAACCUCUGCAGUAGUACUCAACUACUCCUCUUGGCCGAAUCCUGCGCUGAGGAGCACCUCUCGCAUCAAUGGAUUUGCGUAAAUGGGUUUGGAGUGUGUGUGCUGCGUUUGGCUUGGUGCUCACUGUUAGUGAACGUUCGCACUGUGAGAUAACCUGGGAGGUUCCUCGCUUUGACGGCUGGUACAACAGUCUGGGAUAUCCCCGACGCGGAGCUGUCGGUACUCAUCUGAUGCGCCUCGUGCCCGCGCAUUACUCGGACGGAGUCUACCAUCCUGUCCAGGAGCCGCUGCUUCCAAACCCCCGCAGACUGAGUAGGCUGCUGGCGGAGGGGCCCUCGGGUCUCCCCUCCACACGCAACCAGACCGUGCUCUCGCUUUUCUUUGGUUAUCAUGUUACAUUUGAAAUUUUUGACUCAAGAACUCCUGGUUGCCCACCUGAGUUCAUGCACAUCCCAGUCCCAAAAGGUGACCCUGUCUUUGACCCGACCGCCUCCGGGAAAGUCCUCCUGCUCUUCCAAAGAGGACCGUGGGACAAAGAGUCAGGACAAAGUCCCAGUAACCCUCGCAUACAGGUGAACUUGGUGACCGCCUGGAUAGAUGGUAGCUCCAUUUAUGGCCCCUCCACUUCCUGGUCCGACUCCCGGAGAAGCUUCUCUGGAGGCCUCCUCACUUCAGGCUCUGAGUGGAACAUGCCCAAGAAAGGAGGACGCCAGAUGUGGAGCGCUGCUGAUCCCUCUACAAGAGAAGCUGUAGCAGAAGGCCUUUAUGAGUUGGGAAAUGCCUGGGCUAACGAGAACGUGUUCACAGCAGCAGAGGGGAUUAUCUGGUUUCGGUACCACAAUCAAAUCGCCUCCAAACUCCACAACAAUCACCCAGAGUGGUCAGACGAGGAGCUGUUUCAAAACGCCAGGAAGACCGUUGUGGCCACAUUCCAGAAUAUUGCUCUCUAUGAAUGGCUGCCUGCGUACCUUAAUGGCAAAAAGCUUCCUCCCUACCCAGGUUACCAGAAGUUUGUUGAUCCAGGGAUCUCACCUGAGUUUCAGGCUGCUGCCAUACGGUUUGGUAUCACUAUGGCUCCACCUGGUGUUUACAUGAGAAACAGAACCUGCCAUUUUCGGGAAAUUAUCAACAUCGAUGGGAGCACAUCGCCAGCAAUGCGCCUUUGUAACAGCUUUUGGAAACGUCAGGAAGUUAAUAUGAAGAAAAGCCAGGAUGUAGAUGACCUCCUCAUGGGAAUGGCCUCCCAGAUUGCAGAGAGAGAAGAUAAUAUUGUUGUGGAGGACUUGAGAGAUUUUAUGUACGGACCGUUGAGGUUCACCCGGACAGAUCUGGUGGCUAUGACCAUCCAGCGAGGAAGAGACUUUGGUCUACGGAGUUACACUGAGAUUAGAAAGGCUCUGGAUUUGCCUCCUGUAAACAAAUUUGAGGAUAUUAAUCCUGAGCUCAACCACACCAACCCACAGUUGCUCCGCGACAUUGCAGAACUGUAUGAUGGAGACAUCUCAAAGCUGGAGCUCUUCCCUGGAGGACUGCUGGAAACUCUUGAUGGGCCGGGUCCUGUUUUCUCCGCUAUUGUGCUGGAUCAGUUUGAGCGUAUAAGAAAUGGAGACCGCUUUUGGUUUGAGAACAAGCAGAAUGGUUUGUUUACGGAUAAAGAGAUCCAAGCGAUCCGCAGUGUGACGUAUCGUGACGUCCUUAUUGCGGUGACAAGUGCAGAGGCCUCACAUAUACAGAAUAACGUGUUCUUCUGGAAGGAUGGUGACCCCUGCCCUCAACCCACACAGCUAAAUGCAUCAAUGCUCCAUUCUUGCACUAAUGCCACAAAACUUGAUUACUUUGAUGGGAGCAGGGCUGGCUUUGGGAUAUUUGUUAUUGUCAUGUUCCUCUUCCCUGUUGUGAGUUUUCUGGUGGCCUCUACCGUGGCGUAUCUAAGAAAGUAUCGCUACAGGAAGUUCCAAAGAAAAAGGAAAGCUGGUGACAGAACAGAUGAGCCGGCUGUGGGACUCAGUGCAUACGAGUGGCAGGGUCAUAAAAAACAGUUGCAGCCCGUCAGCGUGGAGAUCGAUGAGAAGCGGAGGCUGCAGGUCUGUGACAGAUCUGGAACUGCUCACCGCUGCAUCAAUCUGCGCAAUCAGGACUACCUAGAUGUCGUUCUCUCCAACGACUGUCAGCAGAAGGCUCUGCUGCUCAAAGUGCCAAAAGAGUAUGACCUGGUGCUGUUUUUUGAUGAAGAGAGCAAACGUAUGGAAUUUGUCAGGCAACUGCGCCCAGAGGUGACAGACGUCAGGCCGGAGGUUAGAGUCAGAGAGAUGAGGGAGAAGGGACUGCUGAAGGAGGCUUUGACCAGACAGCAGAGGGCUCAGAUUGUUGAAACUUUCAUUCGCCACGCUUUCUCCAAGGUCUUGGAAAUAGAGAAGUGUGACGCCGGAGACAUGAGUGGCAUAUCCCACAAGAAAGCCAGGGAGGUUCUCCAGUGUGAGCUGACGGCGUCGGAGUUUGCUGAUGCACUUGGCCUCAAAUCCGAUUCCUUAUUUGUGGACUCCAUGUUUACACUAGCUGAUAAAGAUGGCAAUGGCUACCUCUCCUUUCAAGAGUUUCUGGAUGUUAUUGUUAUCUUUAUGAAAGGGUCUCCAGAGGAAAAAUCCAAACUCAUGUUUUCUAUGAACGACAUUGGCGAAACUGGUUUCUUAUCAAAAGAAGAAUUUGCCAGGAUGCUCAGGUCUUUCAUAGAAAUCUCCAACGGUGCUCUUUCAAAGAGUCAGGCAGAGGACGGCAUCAAGGCCAUGAUGCAGGCCGCGGGCUUUGAUGACAAGGAGAAAAUCUCGUGGGAGGACUUUCAUUUUCUGCUGCGGGAUCACGAGAAGGAGCUGCAAUUUGCUCAGCUCAAUGUCAAAGGGAUGGAGAAACAGGGGAAGAAGAAGCUGAGUCGAGACCAGAGAGUGUCCUUCAUUUGUCCGGCAAACAGCAGUCACAAGACAGACGGACCAGAGAUACGCAAACGGAAAAGGUUAAACGUCCAUACUCCAAAUGUCUAUGUGAAGCCAAAGCGCGAGAAGUACAUAAAGAACCCGGUCCAGCAGAAAAUCCAGCAGUUCAAACGUUUCGUUGAGAAUUAUCGGCGUCACAUUGUGUGCUUCAUCAUCGUGUACGGCAUCACAGCUGGUGUUGCACUUGAAAGAUGUUACUACUAUGGCUUGCAGUCUGUAUCUACAGGUGUCCCCGAGACAUCCAUGGUGGGUAUCAUCGUGUCCCGUGGUUCAGCCGCUGCCAUCUCCUUUCUGUUUCCUUACAUGCUUCUCACCGUGUGUCGCAACCUCAUCACGCUCUGCCGAGAGACCUUCCUGAAUCGAUACAUCCCCUUUGACGCUGCCAUUGACUUUCAUCGCUUUAUGGCCAUGAGUGCCAUCAUCCUCUCAAUUGUUCACAGUUUGGGCCACGUGGUCAACAUCUACGUCUUCUCCGUCAGCGACCUUAACAUCCUAUCUUGUCUCUUCCCAAAAGUCGUAUCAAACAACGGGUCUGAACUUCCUCCCAAGUGGUACUGGUGGUUCUUUCAAACUGUUCCAGGAAUGACUGGGGUCUUGCUUCUCUUUGCGUUCGCAUUCAUGUACGUUUUUGCCUCACACUAUUUCCGUCGCAUCAGUUUUCGUGCAUUUUGGAUCACCCAUUACCUCUAUGUUGCCGUGUACAUUCUUACAGUUAUUCAUGGCAGUUUCGCUCUGCUUCAAGAGCCUCGUUUCCACAUCUACCUCAUCCCACCUGGCCUGCUCUUCCUCCUGGACAAACUAAUCAGCCUGAGUAGGAAGAAGGUGGAGAUCCCAGUUAUCAGAGCUGAGCUGCUGCCAUCAGGUGUGACACAUCUGGAAUUCAAGCGGCCACAGGGCUUUGUUUACCGUUCGGGCCAGUGGGUUCGCAUAGCAUGUCUGAUGUUGGGCACGGAUGAGUACCACCCAUUCACUCUCACAUCAGCUCCUCACGAAGAGACGUUGAGCCUGCACAUCCGAGCUGUGGGGCCGUGGACCAGCCAGCUCAGAGAGCUCUACACCGAGGAAAACCUGCUGGAGCUUGGAGCUUUUCCAAAGCUGUACUUGGAUGGACCUUUUGGCGAGGGCCAUCAGGAGUGGAUUGACUUUGAGGUGUCUGUUCUGGUGGGAGGAGGGAUUGGAGUCACCCCGUUCACUUCAAUUCUCAAAGACCUGGUGUUCAAGUCCUCUGUCAAGUCCAAGGUUUUGUGCAAAAAAGUUUACUUCAUCUGGGUGACACGGACACAGCGUCAGUUUGAGUGGGUGUCAGACAUCAUCAGGGAGGUGGAAGAAAUGGACACUCAGGAUCUGGUGUCGGUCCACACUUAUAUCACUCAGGUGGCUGAAAAGUUCGACCUCCGCACGACCAUGCUGUACGUGUGUGAGCGCCAUUUUCAAAAAGUGUGGAACCGCAGCCUCUUCACCGGCCUCAGGUCCGUCACCCACUUUGGCCGCCCGCCCUUCGUCUCCUUUUUUAGCUCCCUGCAGGAGGUUCAUCCAGAGGUGGGUAAAAUUGGAGUGUUCAGCUGUGGUCCUCCAGGACUGACCAAAAAUGUGGAGAAAGCUUGCCAGCAGAUGAACAAGAGGGAUCAGGCCCAUUUCAUACAUCACUAUGAAAACUUCUAACUUAUUUACAGAAAGAACAAAACUAGCCAUGUUUAUGUGUUAAGAAUAGAGAGUGGUAGAGCCAUUU